GGUGGUUAGAGUUGAAGUCGCAAGAAUCGUUGAUGUUGUUUGUGGUGGUGGCGGAGAUGCCGCCGUCAUCGCAGGUGAAGAGGAUGAGUGGUCAUCAUCGCCGCCAUCGUCGUCGGGAAUCUGACCGUCGUGCUUCGCCCAUACGAUCAAGGCAAGAAGUAGAAGCCUAAGCAGGACUACCGAGGCUGUCAUUCGUCGUCGGCUGAGGAGCGUGAUAUUUGGAGUCAAUUCAAGCACGGCGGUUGGAAUAGACAGGUGGCUGCGUGCUGGAGCAUUCGGUGGAGAAACAUGGUACCCACCAACUAUUAUUACGGGCCUGAAUUGCAAGUUGCAGGAGAACCAAGGCACAAUUGAACAAGUCUGCAAUGCCUUGAAAAUGCAAUGCCUUUAAGAUGUGAUGUCUUGAAGAACGACGUGCGACAACCCCGUCUACAUUUCUUGAGCUCCUGAAUCGCGCGUGAGUAAAUACCAGCUUUCGGCAGCGCAAUUAGAGACAGUGGGAGAAUCGACGUGCUCGAUAUGAACUGCAUGAGAAACGGUACGCUGCGUCCCACGAGGCAUUCAAUUGAUUCGCGUGAUUUUCAUAGAGAUUCGAAGAUCCCAAAACAAGCCAAAACAGUGGAGCCUACGGUUCGCACUCCAGUAACCAGCGAGACGCAGCAGGAUUCGAGAUUCGAGAGAGUUCCACGCGUAGGCUUGGACGACGUAGCGACCCAUGCUUAUCACCCAGCGCUUGAUAAAGUGCUGCUACGGAGCUCCACAAAAGGUCCAUUCCAAGUUAAAGAACGUCAUAGCCUGUUAAGGCUUUCGAACCUGUCGUCAUAGUCAAAUGCCAAUGCAAAGGAACUGAAUGGACUUCGAUCGCACGAUAAGUGCGCGAUGCCUCCGUUUUGCGGCUUGGGUGAGCUG